UAUGAUAGUAUGCAGCUGUCAUCGUUCAUAUCGCGUCAUCACCGCGUGAAUAAAGUGCAGCAGUUAGUGCACGACUACACGGCGAGCUGAAUUCCCAGUCAAAGAAAAGACUGCGAGAUAACCUCAGACUCCAGUGACAGGUGUGUUUGGAUUGAGUAGGUGCAUAAUGUAGGUCUGUUGGAUGCACAGUAGUUCGCACCGGCUCAAGUAUGGAUUGCAGCGCAACAUAAGUGCGUACUUGGAGCAUUUUGUUUUGCUUUAUGCAAGCAUUACUGUCUGAUGCAUUCGUGGGUUUCAGAUAGGAUCUGUGAGUGUGUGGUGCCAGGCGCUUUCAAGCGUUUAUAGGCUACUCCUAUUCUGUAAUAUUUGAAGGAUAUUUGACUGCCAACUAUGCUGUGGUGAUGAUGGGCUGGAAUUUCACUUCAGUUUUUAAAGAUCUGCAUGCGGUUUGGAUUAGUGGUUCCCCCCCAUCAUGUUGGUGCUGUUGGACAAGCUUCAGCUUCAGAGAGUGUGAGCUCCACUGAACUGCGGUGAUGAACAUGCCAUUGCACCAAAUCUCUGUCAUCCCUCGUGAUGUCACUUCCUCCCGGGUGUACAGCAGCGGGAAGCCAAAGGAGAAGGACAAACAGAAUGAGAAACCACUUGGUCAUUCUGCAAGCAGGUCCAGCAAUAUUUCAAAGGCAGGAAGUCCGACCUCUGUAAAUGCUCCCUGUAGCUUCCCCAGGACUUCAGUGACGCCCUCUAACCAGGAUAUAUGCAGUUAUAAUGACCUCACUCAGGACGUGGGCUCACAGAAGCCCUUACAGGCUACUGUAGUGCUGUUGAACUCUAAUGGUAAAAGCUCAGCAUCACAAAGUGUCACCAUGACGACACUCUGCCUGGACUCUCCCACCAAGCCCAAAAAUAGGACCUUGUUUGGCACUGAAUGGCUCUCUGUACUCAAACCAUCAGUCAACCUGAAACCAGAGGGAGGCAGUCUCAAGUUCUCCAAGUCUCUGAAUGAUGUGGGGCAAAAGAUGGAUAGCCUGUGUAGUGGUCUUCACUUCAUAGACCGCACUUGCUCAGACGGGGAGCUGGGCGCAGAGAAAGACCAACAUAUGCAGGAUGGCCACAGCAAAGGCCUUAAUGGAAAAUCCAACUUACCUCCACCCUUUCCAUCUCAACCUCCAUCCUUCUUCAACAACUACAAGUACAUCUCCACUCCAGGGCCUGAGCACUGCUUGGCUCCCCCUGGUCCUCCUCAAUCAGACCUCCAGAGAAGCUCCAACUUCCUAUGUCUCAUCUUCCCAUUCGCCCACUCCUCUACCACAGGAAGCUUGCAGGUGUCUGAGAUGGGAAGCUACGCCUCAAGGUUGCACAUCGCAAAGUCCCCUAGUGCCCUGCUGGAGGUCAGCGAGUCCUGUUGUCUAGAAGAGAUGGGAGAUGAUGAGGUGUUCAAGGAGGACUCAUCCAGGUGGAAGCUAAAAGCAGAUGGGUUGAGGGCCCCACUUUGCUCCCUCGAGGAAGACAGCGACCUGGAACAAUGCUCCUCUCCAGUGUCUGAGAAAAAUGGGCCGCUCUCACCCUACUCCCUGUCUGGGGACUGCUGCAGGAUUUGUCACUGUGAGGGGGAUGAUGAGAGUCCACUGAUCACACCCUGUCACUGCACUGGGAGUUUGCGGUUUGUCCAUCAGUCCUGCCUGCAGCAGUGGAUCAAGAGCUCAGACACACGAUGCUGCGAGCUCUGCAAAUAUGACUUCAUCAUGGAGACCAAGCUCAAGCCACUCCGCAAGUGGGAGAAGCUUCAGAUGACAGCCAGUGAGAGGAGAAAGAUCAUGUGCUCUGUCACAUUCCACGUCAUCGCCAUCACCUGUGUUGUGUGGUCGCUCUACGUCCUCAUUGACCGCACAGCUGAUGAGAUCAAACAAGCCGGGAGAAUACCAGGGAUAUUGGAAUGGCCUUUUUGGACCAAGCUGGUGGUGGUGGCCAUAGGCUUCACUGGUGGACUGGUGUUCAUGUAUGUGCAAUGCAAGGUCUACAUCCAGUUAUGGAGGAGACUCAAGGCUUACAACAGAGUAAUAUAUGUGCAGAAUCGCCCAGAGACCUGUAAAAAUACUGUUUUUGAUAAGCCCUCUCUUCUGGAGCCGAACUUGGAGAACAAAGAGGCACUUGGGCCGGCGCAGUCGGACACAAACUCUUCCCAGUACACAGAGACAGAGGACUACUGUAUGGAGAUACUGCACGUGUGAUCAUAUGGCCCACAUGACCAGCUGGCGCAUGGCACGCUCCAGGACAUAUGGGGAAGCCACACACCACUGGGCACAAGGACUGAGAUCGAACUCAUUUUGUUGUUUAGAUGUUAUUUUCUGUUUGUUUGUUCGUUUGUCUGAUUCUUGUAAGUUGUUGGCUAACCAUAAUGAAUUACGUGUGCGCUAGAUCUUGGAGCAUUCCAACUACUGCCAUUGUACUGCUGUUGUACAAGAUUUAAAAUCCACCAUUCAAGCUGUGUGCGUACUGAAGUGUCUGCGCCGGUUCUAAUGGUGUCGCAUACAGCAUAAGCACUUUUUAUUUCCCUGUUCUAAAGAGCCCUGUUUUAAUAUUAUUCAAUUCCUUUAUAUGUGGAGAAGACAUUAAAACAGACUUGAACUUCAAGAGCUCACGUUUUAUAUAGCUGCAUUUAUAUCUCCACAGAUCCCUUUGUUUGGAACAAAAAAGGAAUUUGAAGGAGCGAUGAGGGAACAUUUAUGUCUUAUGUAAUCAUUCCACUUUACAGAAAAAAAAGUAUCUACUGAAUUUAGUCAGUGUGAAAUAAAAAGUACCAUAGCGUUUUUUUUAAUCAGUUGAUUAUUAAAUAACCUGAAUAAUAUUAAGGCUAAUUAAUAGAUUGAUCCUAUCAAGGGCUAGAUUUACUAAAGUUAUCUGUGCAAUGCUACAAUUGUUACCAUGUGCAAAAACAAUACCAUGUGGUGACUAGUCACUGUCUAUGCUGCUGAUUUUUGCAUUUGCUUAAGAUUUGCUUUAGUAAAUCAGGCCUGAAGUAUGUUGAAGGUUUUGAGAAUGUAAAGAAAUUCAGUUUCUACCAGUCAUGAAAUUAAAGUGUAGCAUCAUGAAACCUUUGUAAUGAAUCAGUCAUGGUUUCUGUGUGUGAAAGAUACUUUAUAUGUAACUUCAUUGGUUUGCUUAAUUAUGAAUUUUACCUGACCUUUGGUGGGAAACUUGCAAGUUGUGUUUUCUAAACAUAUUAUGUUCUGUCCUAAAUCUUUUUCCUUUUUUUCCAAAUUUGCUGUGACCUCUGCCACAAAUUAAUUAUUAGAGACAUUUUUUAUUUUUAUUUUGUCAUCUGCCCCUUCUGAUGCUCCUGCAUAAAAUGUGUUGAUUUUUAAAUCACAACUUGAGUAACAGAAAUGGAUAAUGUACUUAUUGUUCAUAUGAUGUUCAAAAUAUGACAAAUUAAUUGGCAGCACUAUAUUUACACGUUCAGUUGUUUGCUUGGGUUUUUCUUAAACAAGCACAGCAAAUUUCCACUGGGUGUCAUUUCAGGUUGAAUUUAUUGGGUAUUUUUAUUUUCUUUUUUUUUUUUUCUUUUUUUUUCAAUGGCUUUAAAUGUUGGAAAAUAGCCAUGUUAGUUUUGGUCUUCAUUUUAACAUAUUGAUCCUUUUUAGUGACCUUGACAAGCAACUGUGCUUAACAUAUCCCUGGCAAUGAUAAUUGACACAAUUUAUGCUUCUUUUUAAUUAUGUAUGAUGAAUUUUUUUCAUUUCACAUUUUUCGUGAGCUGAAAUUUUCAAAAGGUACAGAAUUCUUCUGCCAUCUAGAGCUACUGCACAGACAAUGCACACUGAGAAUUAUUUUAAAACUCCUUUCUGAUUGGCCUUGUGCUGUUUGACCAAUAAAAUAUGUUCAGUGUUCAGUUUGUUAAUGGCAUAAAUGGCAUUUUUUUUAUUUCUUUUUUUUAAUCCGAUAAUUUAUGACUUUUUAUUUAGGUAAAUCUGAGUUCAACCAAGCAUUUUUUUUUAUUUAUUUUUUUUUAUUUUUUUUAUUGAAUGCAUUUUUCCAAUAAUCCAGCAUUAAUGUAACCCAGUCAGCUUUCAUAACAUCCAAAUUAAUUCAUUGUGUUGGAGACGUGAAAAUAUGAGUAGAACAAAAGUACUGUCAUUAAGGGGUUCUGCAUGGGGGAAAGUGGUUUGAUAGGCAACUUAUAAAUCCUUACCAACUAAUUUUAAAUUCCCUAAGCUUGGUGAUGUCACAUUUUAUUCUGUUGUAAGGCAGUGAAUAAGAAUCAGUGUACUGUAUACAUUUACCCAGUUUUUCUGUUUUCUUUGAUUGCAUAUUUGUAAAACAAUGGGAGCUGGCUCCUUUUACCAUAUAGUGGUGGAGAAAACCUUAACAGUUACACAAUUUGGUUUGAAUUGUGAUACCUUAUUUUGUUUAUAGAGGAUGAUUUGGAAAAUCUCUACAUCAUAUUCUUCUCCAAAGCUGGCAUUUUCCAAAAUAUCUUUUUAGGUGUUACUGCAUCAUAUUGAUUUGGAUGUUUUAAAGUGCAGUAAUAGUAUUGUUUUGUCUCAUGGCUCCUAAUAAAAUGGUUCAGUAUACAAAACUGCAGUGCAUUACUACUGAAUUGGCUUGAACAUGGAUAACAUGACUGUUUCUUGCAUCUCCCAGUUGUUUGUUUCUUCAUCCUGUGAUUUUUCUGUAGUAGUAAAUAGUUUCUUUAAAGAUCUUAAUCUUUUUCCACAUUUGCAUAAAAAAACCAAAUAAAGUACAUUUAGAAAUUA